AUGGAGAUUGGCGCUUGCCCGAGCCCCCAGCGCCUGCUUAUCUGCCUGCAGCCGCUCUUCCUCUCGUUGCUUCUGGGGCCCAGCCGGCCUGGCACAGCCGAGGAGGUUGUCCUUCUGGAUUCCAAGGAAUCCCAAGCUGAGCUAGGCUGGACUGCACUGCCCAGUAAUGGGUGGGAGGAAAUCAGUGGAGUGGAUGAGAACGACAGACCAAUCCGAACUUACCAGGUGUGCAACGUGCUGGAACCCAACCAGAACAACUGGCUGCAGACAGGUUGGAUUGGGCGGCGCGGUGGGCAGCGGAUUUUCAUCGAGCUCAAGUUCACACUUCGGGACUGUAGCAGUAUCCCAGGGGUGGCAGGAUCUUGCAAGGAGACCUUCAACCUCUACUAUACUGAGGCAGAAGCGGAGGCUGGGGCAGGAGUAGAGGGGGAGGGAAAAGGCGGGGCUGGUCUAGGUGGAAGCCUGAGCGAGAGCCGCCAGCGCAAGGUGGCCACUAUCGCAGCCGAUGAGAGCUUCACUCAGGGUGAUCUGGGAGAGCGGAAGAUGAAGCUCAACGUGGAGGUGAGGGAAAUCGGGCCACUGAGCAGGGACGGCUUCCACCUGGCCUUCCAAGAUGUGGGCGCCUGCGUGGCACUGGUCUCCGUACGAGUCUAUUACAAGCAGUGCCUGGCCACAGUGCAGAACCUGGCAGCCUUCCCAGACACUGUGGCAGAGGCUGCCUUCUCGUCUCUGGUGGAGGUCACUGGCACGUGUGUGGCCCAUUCGGAGGGGGAGCCCGGCCGCCCUCCCCCUCGAAUGCAUUGCAGUGCAGAUGGGGAGUGGCUCGUGCCGGUAGGCAGGUGCAGCUGCAGCGCUGGCUUCCAGGAGCGAGAGGAGUCCUGUGAAGCCUGCCCCCCUGGAUUUUACAAGGUGUCCCCGCGGAGGCCACUCUGCUCCCCGUGCCCCGAGCAUAGCAGCGCUCUGGCCAACGCCUCCACGCUCUGCGUCUGCCAGGACAGCUACUCCCGUUCCCCAGCGGACCCACCCUCAGCCUCCUGCACCCGUCCUCCGUCUGCCCCCCGGGAUCUGGUCUACAGGCUGAGCCGCUCCACCCUGUUGCUGCGCUGGAGUCCCCCGGAGGACUCUGGCGGCCGUUCCGACAUCACUUACACCGUCCUGUGCCAGCGCUGCGGCGAGGAUGGCCCGGGCGUGGGGCAGGGGCAGGGGUUUGGCCAGGGACCCGGGGGCUCCGUGGGCACCUGUGAGUCCUGCGGGCCCAGCGUGAGUUUCGUGCCGCGCCAGACCGGACUGCGAGAGAGGACAGUCACCUUGCUCAACCUGCUCCCGCACUCCCACUACACCAUCCGGGUGGCAGCGCUCAACGGCGUCUCCGGCCUGGGCGCUGUGGGGACCACUUAUGCCCAAGUCAUCGUGUCCACGGGUCUGGCGGUAUCCAGUGGAGUGACUGAGAUCCAUCCAGAUCGAGUGGAACCCAAGAGUGUCUCCCUCUCCUGGGAGGAGCCAGGGUUCCCAGGGACCCCAGGAGCCAACAACACUGAGUAUGAAAUUCAAUACUUUGAGAAGGGCCAGAGGGAGCAGACCUAUGCCACUGUCCGGACAGGAGCACCUGCUGUCACAGUCAAUAACCUGAAGCCAGCAACACUCUAUGUUUUCCAAAUCCGAGCGGCCUCACCUUCCCUCUCCCCAGAAGUUGGAAACUUCACUCCAAGCAUAGAAGUAGAGACUCUAGUGGAGGCUGGCUCGGGGUCUAGGAAACAGAACCCUGCAGUAGUUGCUGUGAUAGUGGCUGUAGCUGCCCUCCUCAUCCUCGGCUUUGGGCUCAGUUCUCUGGCUAUUUGGAAGAGGCAGUGCGGAUAUGGAAAAGGCCUUGGAGAUGGCAAUGACGAGGAGCUCUACUUCCACUUUAAGGUCCCAACGAGGCGGACAUAUAUUGACCUGGAAAACUGUGCCGAUCCCAUGCAGGCCUUGCACUUGUUUGCCAAAGAGCUGGACAGCUCCAGUGUGUCUGUCCACAGCAUCAUUGGCACAGGUCAGUUUGGAGACCUGUGCAGUGGCUGCCUGAGGCUGCCAGGUGGGCGGGAGCUCCUGGUGGCUGUGCACACCCUACGGGAUGGCGCUUCAGAAAAGCAAAAGCUCCGUUUCCUGGCAGCGGCCUGUGCUCUGGGUCAGUUUGACCACUCCAAUAUCGUGCGGCUGGAAGGCGUCGUCACCCGAGGGAUCACCAUGAUGAUUGUCACUGAGUACAUGGGCAAUGGGGCCCUGGAUGACUUCCUCAGGAGAUAUGAUGGGCAGCUGACUGUGAGCCAGCUGCUGGGACUGCUACCUGGGGUAGCAUCAGGAAUGCGAUACCUGUCUGAGAUGGGCUAUGUCCACCGUGGCUUGGCUGCCCGUCAUGUACUGGUCAGCAGCAGCCUUGACUGCAAGAUCUCAGGCUUUGGGCAGGGCCCCCAGGACCAGGCUGAAGCUGUCUACACUACCUUGAGCGGUAGGAGCCCAGUUCUAUGGGCUGCCCCUGAGACUGUGCAGUUGGGCCAGUUUACCUCAUCCAGUGAUGUGUGGAGCUUUGGAAUCCUCAUGUGGGAGGUGAUGGCAUUUGGAGAGCGGCCAUACUGGGAUAUGUCCAGCCAGGAUGUAAUCAAGGCCAUUGAGGAUGGCUUCCGGCUUCCAGCUCCCCGGAGCUGCCCCUCCUCGCUGCACCAGCUCAUGCUCCAUUGUUGGAGGAAGGACCCCAGGGAGCGACCUAGGUUCACACAGAUCCAUAGUAUCCUGUGCAAGAUGGCGGAAGAUCCAGAGACUCCCCCAAGUGCCACCCUCACCUGCCCCAGAUAUAUAUCUCCCUUAUGUGAUUGUACUUUUUCCACCUUCCCUUGUUCUGUGGAUGAAUGGCUGGAGGCCCUGAACUUGGACCAGUACAAAGAUAGGUUUGCUGCUGCUGGUUAUGACUGCCUGGAGUCUGUGGCCAUGAUGAAUCUUGAUGACCUGUUCAACCUGGGUAUCUUCCCUCGAGCACAUCGAGAUAUCCUCUUGAGUGGGAUUCGAAUGCUCCGGGCACGAGUAAUUGAACUGCAGGGACAAGGGGUUCAGGUGUGA